AUGGAUGCUUCGGAUGUAUGUCCGACCGAGGAUGCCAUUCAGGCUUUUUUGGAGUACUUAGUUGACCCCAUGCUUCCAACAAAAUCUUCUAUGCGGGAUACCCCAUCACUCUCUCUACAAGAAUCGGUUGCCAAACAGGUGCAUGCUGUUGUGCUACUAUACAACUAUCACAGAAAGCAAUAUCCGAAGCUAGAGGUUUUGCGUUUUAGUUCGUUUUGCAAGUUGGUUGUGGAUCUGAAACCAGCCUUGCUGGCUCAUAUGACAUUCAUGCAAAUGCCAAGUGAUACUGAGUUGGAUGACCUGGAGAAACAACUUUCAGUCACCGAAAGAACAAUAAUGGAUGCAUGUGAAAUAUCUACAAGUUUAGAUGCAUCCAUGGGCACUCCAAACACUGAGGGCUGGCCAAUUUCCAAAGUUACGGUUCUUCUAGUUGACUCCAAGAAGGAGAACUGCUUCUUGCAAUUCGGUUCCAUAACCCAGGGGGUUUGGUCGGUCAUUGAUAAAAAUUUGGAGGUUAGAGAUCGCAGUUCAAAUGAUACAAGGGAGUUAACACAUAUCAACAAAAAGAAAAGAUUCACUGGAAAUUCUUCUAGAGGAGAACUGAGGAUUGAUGAAACUAGUUGCCGAAAACUGGCAUAUUCAGCAAUUACAGAGGCCACAGAUAUUAAUCAGAAUGAUCUUCUGGUUUUGGAAAGCCAUGUUGUAUUUUCCCAUAGUAAAGAAAAGGCAGCGGCUUGCUUUUUCAUAGUUCAGUGUACCCAAUCAGGCAAGGAUGGUAUUAUUCAAUUUCCUAUUAAAGAUGUUAUUGACAGCCUGCAGGGUCCUCUGGUCACAAAGAGUUCCAGCUGCUGGACAGUCACAACAGUUGUUGAGUAUCUCCAUAUGCUUCCUUAUGCUGAGAUUUUGACCGACUGGUUUCAUAGGAGAGAAUUCUCAAAAGGUUUGCAAGAUUCAAGGCUAGGAGCGGGAAAUGUAAAUGUGACUAGCCCUAAUAGGACUGAAACACCUCACAAAUCAGAAAUUUGCAAAACUCAAGAGAAGUCUCAUGUAAAUGGUGUUCUAAUUGAGGAUAUUGGUAGCAACACAAGAUGUCCUGAACCCCAAUCAUGGAAGCAGAAAGAUAUCACUGGAUGUUGCAAGAUAGAUCUGGCUCAUGCUUUCAAUGGGUCUCAAGAAAUGGAGGUCAAGGACUCUUCCAUGGUUGCCUCAAGGAAGGAAAAAAGUUGUAAAAAAAUUUCAAGAUACAUUCAAGCUGUCAGCCACCAAGAUGAAACGCAUUCCUGUAUCAAAAGUGAAAUUCCCAAAACACAAGGCAAGUUGUCUCAUGUAAAUCACAUCACGAUAAAAGAUAUUGGGAACAACAUUAGCAGUUCUACACCUCAAUCAUAUAAGAAGAAAGAUACCACCGUAUAUAAAAAUACAAGUCCAACUGAAGCUUUCCAUGGGCCUCAGAAAUUGUGGUUGGAUGACUCUCCCAUGGUCCCGUUGCAGAAUGUAGAAAGCUGUAAGAAAAGUUUGAGCACCAUUCAAGUUAACCAGAAAAAAAAGAUAUCCUUGAUUGGGACUGAACUAAAUGGCUCAGCAACUAAUAAUAAGGUUGAGACUGUGAACCGGACAAGUCCAUCCCUUACUGACCGCAGAGUUACAAAAGUUGCUGGGAACAAAACUUGUUAUAUUAACCCAUCAUCUCAAGAAAGUAAAAGUGGGCAUACCUUUGCCACCUCUCAAUCAAAUUUAAAUGAUUUUGACAAGCUACAAAAUACUAUAGCGUCACAAGAACAGAUCUUGUCACAAACUGCUUGGAACGUUCUUAUGAAAAAAAGGAAUGAGCUGUCUCUUAAGAAGCGCAAUAUAGAGGAUGAGCUUGCUCGCUGUGAAAAAGAUAUCCAGACAAUUAUAAAUGGUGGCCAAGAUGGCUCAGCAGUAAUAGUCAAGUCUGUUAUAGAAGGUUGUAAUGAUGGAUAUCUUAGAAAUGAAAGGACUCAUACACUGCAAGAAGAGGAAUGGUCUCCUACAUCCAUCAAAAGGAAGAGGCUGUCAGAGGCUAUUCUUGACAAGCAAAAUCGAUGCCAGGAAUUGGAUGAGAUAUGUUCCAAAAACAGUUGGGUGUUACCGGUUUAUUGUGUGUCCCUAUCAGAUGGUGGAUUCCAAGCUAAUGUAACCGUAGAAGGUCUGGACUUCAAGUGUUUAAAAGAGGGUGACCCAUGUUCUGGUCCUAGUGAAGCAAGAGAAUCAGCUGCAUUUCAAAUGUUGGAAAAGUUGCGGAGCAUGGCUGGCCAAGCCAAAAAAGUUGCAGGUCAAUAA